GGUAAUUGAGUGUGGUAUGGGUACUAUUAUUACCGACGACGACGUUUGAUUUUGACUCCGUCUCUGAGCAUCGACACAGCUUUCAAUUCAUGCAGUUAAACUUUUGGGUCGAAACAGAAGAGUAAAGACACAAAAAUGGCAAGAAAUUCAGAGAAAGCUAUGACGGCUUUGGCCCGUUUCAGAAAUGCACAAAUGGGCGAUACAAAGAUGAAGGAGCGACGUCCGUACCUCGCCAGCGAGUGUGAAGAACUUCCCAAGGCUGAGAAGUGGCGGCGUCAGGUGAUCUCUGAAAUUUCCCGGAAGGUUGCUCAGAUACAGAAUGCUGGUUUGGGAGAGUUCAAGAUACGGGAUCUGAAUGAUGAAAUCAACAAGCUGCUUAGAGAGAAAGGCCAUUGGGAAGCCAGGAUUGUAGAACUUGGUGGUCCAGAUUAUCGGAAAGUUGGACCUAAGAUGUUGGAUCAAGAAGGUAAAGAGGUUCCAGGAAACAGAGGUUAUAAGUAUUUUGGAGCUGCCAAAGAUCUACCCGGUGUGAGAGAACUCUUUGAACAAGAACCUCCUGCUCCUCCUCGGAAAACAAGAGCUGAAUUGAUGAAGUUGAUCGAUGCUGAUUACUAUGGCUACCGUGAUGAAGAUGAUGGUGUACUAGUACCUCUUGAGAUGGAACAUGAGAAAGAUUUGAUAGCAGCAGCUGUUAGCGAAUGGACAAGUAAGAAAGAAGCUGGACUUCUGGAAGGAUUGACACAAGGAGAAGAGAAAGAAGAAGAAAACAUAUAUGCUGUUCAGCAAGAUUCUGGAUCAGAGGAUGAAGGAGAAAAUGAGAAGGAGAUGGAGGUUAUUGAUGGUCAGCCAAGAUAUGUUGCUCAUGUUCCAGUGCCUUCACAGAAAGAGGUUGAAGAAGCCCUCUUAAGGAGGAAAAAGAUGGAACUAUUAGAAAAGUAUGCCAGUGAGACAUUACAACAGCAGGGCAGUGAGGCUAAAACAUUAAUGGGAUUAUGAGAGAAAAAGCCGCCUUAAAGAACUUAUUGUGCCUCUUGAAUCUUGAAUAAACUACCUUCCAAAGUUUUCCUGUGGAGUUUUAUUAACUUGAGGUUGUGAUGAAGAUGGACAUCAGGUAAAAUGUAAAGGAAAGAAGAAAUGGAAGAAUCAAUAGCUUAUAAGAACUCAUCAUGGAUGUUAUGGAAGAUAGUUGAGAGAGGGCCAAGUUAUUCCAUACUUUAUAAUGGUACUCAGCAAGGAAUGAAACUUGUAGACAUCAAAUUAGGUUUGUUGUGCGAACUGGUUUGAGUGUUCUCUUCUCAUAAAAGACGCAGCAAUGACGGGCUAAUCCUCACAAAUAAGAUCAUGUGUUUCAAGUACUAGUGGAACAUUUUAGAGAUAAAGAUUCAUAUUGCAUCUAUUUUCUUGUCAAAUGUUAUGAUUUGAACCCCACUGAAUUUGCCUUCUUUGACUACAAUGGCUUUCUCAUAUCAAAGAGAAAUUAGUGCUGGUUUGGUGGAAACCAUGGAAUUAUGAUUGCAUUGUCUACCAGUAAAUGCUAUAGUGAUGGUAUGUUCUAACCAGCACUGACCACCCUAGUGAUGGGACUUCAGAGAUCUACAGUGCAAUUUGAAUGGAUCUUAAGGUCCUCUUCUGUGUUCUCUGGGCUUAAUGAAGAUUUGAGUAAAAAAAUAUAUAUAUUUUAAAAAGUAUAAAGGCACAUCAUGUAAUUUUGUCCUUAUAAAUUGAGCAUAGAUGAAAUACCUUCUUUCAUCAAAGGGAACAAGUUGCAUAAAAUGAAUAUUGUAAAAAUAGCUUUAAAAACGGCCAUUGCUAACCACUUGCUGAGCAACCAAGCAUGCACAGACAAUUCUGUCCAUCUUGGUUUAAGGUGCUCAGCUGAGCAAGGAUUUUCACUCACUUGCACAUGCUCGAGACAGCAUAUUAUUCAGCUAACUGACCCCAUUAUCCUGAGACAAUUUACCACAGUUUACUUCAUUCUACUACAUACAUGUACAAGGGUAGUUUAUAUGAACUCUGCUUUCUUCAGAUAAUUAGAGAUAAGAGUGGAGGAAACAUUUUGCUAUCCUUGGCCUCGGCCUCAGUCUGCAUUAGUUUACAACAUACACAAGAGAAAAAUGAUAUCCAGUUGCGUUUUGACUUAGCAUUUUGAGCCUCACCUCCAACCUUGCCAAUGAAUACUGAAAGACUAGUAGUCUUAAUCUUUAAACUCCUUGAUGAUACAGCUAACUUUUUGUCUCGCCCACCAGAGGUGAAGGUGAGACUUUGGGAUCCAUAUGUCGUCCGUCCGUCACAAAUUUUAUGACACAUAACUCCGCUACUGUAUGUCACUUUUCAACCAAACUUGGAUGGUAGAUGCACUUAGGAGACCUGCAUGUUACGCUGUAAUCGGAGGUCACAUGGUAAGGUCAAAGGUCAUUUUCAGGUCAACGUUAAAGUUUACAUGCAUGGCUCUCUUAUGACACAUAACUCUGCAACCAUAAGUCACUUUUUCAACCAAACUUAGAUUGUAGAUGCACUUACGGGACCUGUAUGUUAUGCUGCAGUUGGAGGUCACAUGGUAGGUCAAAGGUCAUUUUUAGGUCAACAUUAAAGUUUACAUGCAAGACUCUUAUGACACAUAACUCUGCAACCGUAAGUCACUUUUCAAUAAAACUUGGAUGGAAGAUGAACUUAGGGAACCUGCAUGUUAUGCUGCAGUCAGAGGUCACAUGGUAAGGUCAAAGGUCAUUUUGAGGUCAACAUUAAAGUUUACAUGCAAAACUCUUACGACAAAUGUUAUUCCAUCCCUGUUAUUUCACAAUGAACUCUUGAUACAUUUCUGUUGCGUGCCCUUGCAAAUUGCGAUAUUUCUGGUCAUUUUCUCAAGUGGGCGAGACACAACAUUGCCUAUGCCUUGUUGAGAUAAGUGGAGCAUCACAAUUUUUUUAUAACAUAGGUUUAUUGUUUGUUGCUUCAUAUAUUAGACUGAAAGGAUGGAAACAUGUAUAAUACCUACUGUAAAUCUUGUAGAAAAAAUGUGGAAAUAAAAGUAUCCAAAUUUCAUAUAUACCAAA